AUGAAGAGAGAGCUUGGGAGGUACAAAAUGGGUUUGUGUUUUAGUGACAAGUUGAGGAUGAACAGAGAAUCUCCACCUCCAGAUGUGGUGAGGGUGUUCGUAGAGUAUACAGAGGGAGGGAACCACAUGACGGCAGAGCAGCUGCGUCGGUUCUUGGUUGAGGUGCAGGGAGAGACCGAGGUGUUGGUUUCAGAUGCAGAGAAGAUCAUAGAAAGAGUCACAAAUGAAAGACAUCAUAUCACUAAGUUCUUGAGGCAUUCUUUGAACCUAGAUGAUUUCCUUAGUUUCUUGUUCUCAGAUGAUCUGAAUCAUCCAGUUGUUAGUAAGGUGCAUCAAGACAUGGCUUCUCCAUUGUCUCACUAUUUCAUUUACACGAGCCAUAACUCUUACCUGACUGGGAAUCAAAUCAACAGCGAAUGCAGCGAUGUACCUCUCAUUAAGGCGUUGAAGAGAGGAGUUAGAGCUCUUGAGCUUGACCUGUGGCCAAACUCUACUAAAGAUGGCAUACUUGUUCGACAUGGCUGGGCAUGGACACCUCCGGUUGAACUGAUCAAAUGCUUGAGAUCUAUUAAAGACUAUGCCUUCUCUGCAUCUGCAUACCCUGUGAUCUUAACUUUGGAAGAUCAUUUGACACCAGAUCUUCAAGCCAAAGCAGCCGAGAUGAUGAAAGAGAUAUUCAUGGAUAUGGUGUAUUUUUCCGAGUCUGGCGAUUUAAAAGACUUCCCUUCACCAGAAGAUCUCAAGUACAAAGUUGUAAUAUCAACAAAGCUUCCUAAAGGGAGUUUGAAAAAGGAAAAGGAUUCCGAGUCAGACGUAUCAGGAAAGACAUCAUCAGAAGAUGUUUCAGCAGAUGAUGAGAAGGUUGAAGAGACAAGCGAGGCCAAAAAUGAAGAGGAAGGAACAAGCGAGGCCAAAGAGGAAAAGGAUGGAGGAUCAGAUAAAGAAUCCAGCAAAAUGGAUCUCCUCACAUACAGUCGUAUGAUAUUGAUUCCUUCUGGAAACGCUAGAAAUGGAUUAAAGGAAGCACUUACGUUCGAUAAUGGUGGCAUCAGACGUCUGAGUUUGAGAGAGCAGAAUUUCAAGAAAGCCACUGAAAUGUAUGGAACCCAAGUCAUAGAAUUCACACAGAAGAAUCUGUUGAGGAUAUAUCCAAAGGCAACUCGAGUAACCUCCUCUAACUACAAGCCAUUCAGCGGUUGGAUGUACGGAGCUCAAAUGGUUGCUUUCAACAUGCAGGGCUAUGGAAGAGCUCUCUGGAUGAUGCAUGGUAUGUUCAGGUCAAAUGGUGGAUGUGGAUACGUCAAAAAACCGGACUUUAUGAUGAACAAAGGUCCAGAUGGAGAAGUGUUUGACCCUAAAGCAAAGUUACCCAUCAAGACAACUCUGAGAGUGAAAGUAUACAUGGGAAAAGGAUGGGACUCUGGUUUCCAGCGAGCAUGUUUCAACACUUGGUCUUCUCCUAACUUCUACACAAGGGUGGGGAUAACAGGGGUAAGAGGUGAUAGAGUAAUGAAGAAAACAAAGAAAGAAGAAAACACUUGGGAGCCAUUUUGGGACGAGGAGUUUGAGUUUCAGCUUACGGUACCGGAGCUGGCGUUGCUCAGAGUUGAAGUUCACGACUACAACAUGCCAGAGAAGGAUGAUUUCUCGGGGCAGACAUGUUUGCCUGUUGCAGAGCUGAGACAGGGAACACGUUCUGUUCCUUUGUAUGAUCGUAAAGGCGAGAGACUUGUUGCCGUUACACUUCUCAUGCGGUUUCAGUUUGCUUAAAAAAAAUCAGAGUUUCUUUCUUCUUAUUAUCAUCCUACAAAACGUAGCAGAGAGGCUUUUUCAAUUUGUCACUAAUAACUUAUGGAUAAUAUGCGUACAUAUAAAAGAUAUAACGAAUCAAAUAACUAUGGUUGUUCUGAAACAAUAGUAAGCUUUUGAUAUAUGAAUGAGCUUAUAUAUGUUUGCUCACGAUGUAUGAAUGUAUCAUGUUGCGUUUUGCAUGUUUUUGACCG